AUGACCUCCCAAUUACAGACAGAAAGCUUCACCGGCACCCGCCUAACCCUAAUAACCCCCUCAUCCUUCAACACAACCCUCUCAAAACUCUACUCCGAAAUCGGUACUCCAAACACGCAAGCCUGGCCCUCCAUCGCCGCGUCCAUAACUUCGUACUCCUCAGCCAACAAGGAGAAGUUCAUCGCCCAAGUAGAGAAAACUGUCGGCUCGAAAGGGUUCAUGAUAUUCAUGCAAAUCAAAAAGGAAAUUAACCACAGUGCAUGGCUCCCCUUAUACGGGGUAGGUUCUGGUCUUCAACUGAAGCGUAUUAUCCUAGGCAAUCCAUUAAUUGCCAUCACCAUGCUACAGCAUGAUCUCAAAGCUGGGUUGGCGGUGCCGGUUGAGUUGCUGGUUCGGGAGCUGGAGGGUGGCAGAGGGACGGAAGUCAGUUGGCAGGUGCCGAGUACGCUUGUUUGUGGGGGAAAUGGGGAUGCGAAACUGGUGGAGGCGGCGAAGGUGUUGGAUGGGAAGUUGGAGGAGUUGAUUAGAUGGGCUUGUGAGUAG